AUGAAAAUCAUAAUAGUCGGCGCCGGCAUCUCCGGCCUGAGCCUCUACCUCCACCUCCGCAAGCACCUCCCCUCACCCCCAUCCUCCCAGCCUCCGCACACCAUAACCAUCUACGAAGCCCACAAACCCCGCAGCACCCCCGCCGCCAUCCAAGACUCCAGCUUCGCGGAGCUCUCCUCCUCAACCGCCAUCGUAGGCGGCGGCCUCGGCAUCUCCCCCAAUGGCAUGCGCGUGCUGCAUUCCCUCUCCCCUGCUCUACAUGCCGCAGUCACUACGCAGGGCUUCCGGUGCGAGAACUUCGAUUUCCGGUCCUCGAGGGGUUGGAAGUUACACAAGACGCCGACGAGUGAUAAGAACGUCAAGAGGCCGGAUGGCGAGGAGGUAAGGGAGGAGUGGUGCGUUGCCAGCUCGAGGCAUGGGUUGUGGAGCGUUUUGAUGGACGCGGUGGUUGAAGAUGGCGGAAAGGUAAUUUACCGGAAGGUCGUGGACGCUGGAGUGACUGGGCUUGGCAGGCCUUUUGUUCGGUUCGAGGACGGUGCGGAGGAGGAAGCUGAUCUUAUAGUCGGGGCGGAUGGGGUGUGGUCGGCGGUGAAAAGAGGGGUUUUUGAUGCUGAGGACGAAAGGUUCAGUCCGAAGUAUGAGAAGCUUGCAGGAGUCGGAGGUUUCCUGGAUAUGCCAAUCCCAGAAGACGUCUUACACGACAGGUCCAUGGUCUUUACCUUUGGCGCCAACGGCUUCUUCGGCUACUCACCCUACUCGCCAUCUAAGAAUCGGAUGAUGGCAUGGUCGACCUUUGAGACAGAAGCGGUGCCGGCGAAGAAAGGGUUUGACGUUGAGGAGAUCAAGCAGCAGCUGACAGAACGACACAAGGGCUGGAAAGAUCCGGUCAUUUCGAACAUCAUCAACACUAUUGAGAUUGACUCGGUCUAUCCAGUGUUCACAACGCCAGAGCUUCCACAUUGGGGCGAGAAUGGCCUCGUACUCAUUGGCGAUGCGGCACAUGCGCUGCAGCCGACUACUGGACAAGGCGCAAGCCAGGCGUUGGAGGAUGCGCAGACGUUUUCAUUCUUGCUCACGCACCACCUUAAGAAGGCCUACAGCGAAGGUAGCGACAUCUCCGAGGCCGACGCAAUCGUACUGAGCUCGAAGUCGUUGUAUGAGCUCCGCAGAUUGCGGGUUAAGACUCUGGCAGAUCGGGCCAGAAUGAUCGAUGCCGGGAAGAUGAAGCAAACCAUCUGGGCCGAGUUGCUGUUGUGCCUGUUCCUCUGGCUGGUUGGGAAGUUUCAGUUCGUCGGUAAGUGA